AUGAAGCUAACCAAACUCCAUCUUCCUUCUAUAUUCACAAUCCUAUCAAUAUUCUUGAUUUUGGUCGCAAAAUCAUCGUCUUUCUCUAUUAAAACUUCCAAUUUUGCGAAACAUUUUUUGGGUGCCAAGAAAGGUGACAAAAUCAAGGGACUCGAUCAAGUGAGACAAUACCUUAUAAAGUAUGGCUAUAUGAACUCGGUCUGGAGUGACCACCAAAAAGAAGAUUUUGACUAUACUUUGGCACAAGCCAUAAAGAAAUAUCAGGUCUUCAACCACCUCAAUUCCUCAGGAAUCUUAGACGCAAAUACGUUGGCUCAAAUGGAAAUGCCCCGGUGUGGCGUGCCCGAUUUCGUCAAUGGUACUAAAAUUCAGCAUGGUAGGAAGCUAGUCAUAUACGGAUUCAACGACUCGUAUUACACUUUCGAGACCACAAAGUGGCUCAAGAUGAACCUAACAUGGGCUCUCAUGCCUGGAACACGAGCGGAUGCUCAAAGGCCUAUUGCAGCUGCAAUGGCCAAUUGGAUGUCCGUCUCAAAGUUCCAUUUCUCACAGAGCCCAGUGUUUCAGAAUGCCGACUUACAAAUUAGUUUUGUAAGUGGCGAACACGGUGACCGUACCCGUUUUGAUGGGCCAGGGGGGAUUCUAGCCCACUCAACGUUUCCGCCUGGUGGGAAGUUGCAUUUCGAUGCGAAUGAGACGUGGGUGGACGGGGCAAGGGCGGGGGCUUUCGAUAUCGGGACAAUUGGGCUACAUGAAAUAGGACACUUGAUUGGCCUUGGCCAUAGCAAUGUUCAAUCUGCAAUCAUGUGGCCAAUUGCUCCAUUGGGUGCGACCAAAGGCUUGGCUCCAGAUGACAUAGCUGGAAUCAGGGCUUUGUAUCCAUAA